AGGUCUCUCUUUCGCUAGUCAUUCGCAGAUCUCUCUCGCCUCCGUCACUGCUCGUCGGUUCUCGUUGCUGCCGCUCUCACCGCUCUCAGGUGCUCGGCUCUCUCACCCACUGUCAACCUUGUCUUGAUCGUCCUUGUUUAGAUUGAAGGGAAGGAAACCUUAGAGAAGAAGAGGAUCUUGAAUCUACCAAAGAAUGCUGAGGCUGGUUUCAAAGAGAAUUUUGGGAGUGUCACGGGUGGUGCCAUCACCGACCCUCCAGGUUCUGCCUCAAUUCUCCCUUGAGAAGGUUGUUGAUCACUGUGACAAACCACGGAGUACUGGAUCCAAGUAUGAUCCCAUGGUUGGUAUGGGCAUGGUUGGGGCACCAGCUUGUGGGGAUGACAUGAAACUCCAUAUUAAGGGUGAUGAACAGACCAGAAAGAUUGUUGAUACUUCCUCCAAGACCUUUGGCUGUGGUUUGGGUGUUGCCUCUUCAUCUAUGGCUCUUGGAUGGGUAAAAGGAAAGCAAAUGGGGGGAGUUUCAUCCAUCAAGUACAUAGAAAUUAGAAGGCAUCUGUCAUUUCGUCCAUUUAAGCUUCACAACAGCAUGUUUUCUGAGGACGCCAUUAAAGCAGGUCUUAAAGGCUAUGAUGCUAAGCGAGCCUUGGCAACCACCACUGAGGCAACAUCUGGAGAGAAGGCCGCCACUGCUGCUCCAGUCACGACUCCGAUGAAAAAUACACUUAGGCCGAUAUCUCCCCAUCUUUCUAUUUAUAAGCCACAGUCCUCUUCCAUGUCUUCAAUUUUUAACAGAAUCUCUGGGGCUUCCCUAACGGCCAUGGUCUUGGGUUUUUAUCUUCUUUGUCUGAAAAUGCCUUUGAUUUGCUUCACCUUUUCUGAAUUCUACCAGUUUUUCCAUUUCUCAUCAAACUUCAGCCUAGUCUGUGCUCAGAUUGCUGCCGUUGCCAUGUUCUAUCAUCUGUAUGAGGGGAUUAAGAGAUUAUUGCAUUAACGCCGUGGUGAUGAUGAUGAUGAAAACAUGCCAUUUUUAUGGUUUUGUAACGUCAGGUUUCAGAUCAGUGAGUUGAUGAUCAGUUGAGCUUCUUAACUGCUCAGACAGUAUCUUCUAUGUAAAGAAUGUAAUAACGUGACAGUGCUUAUUUGGUUUUGUAAUAAAGAUUUCUUUGCAUCGGAGAGACUCUUCUACGUAAUGAAUGUAAUAACGUAACAGUGCUUAUUUCGUUUCAAUAAUGCAUCAGCCAAUGCACUAGCCUUUUUUAUAUAACAAUAA